UGACGACUACAGAACGGAGGGUCUUCGUCACCAGAACACAGCUAUUGUCGCCAGGAAUAUCGUCUCUAGUCUACACAAGAGGAUUGGAACAGAAAUACAAAAGUUUUGUACUCGGUACAUGUGCAUUGGAUCGACAUAACUUCUCCGCACAUUCCUCCUUUUUAUCCGUGGUUCGAAUUUCCAACUCGGGAAAAGUGAUUGAUUGACGACGGUAGUUCGAUUUGUUGUACCUGAUCCUUUCUAUCGUAAAUUGCGUCGAAGAAAACCAAACAAUCUGCACCUCUUACAUAUCGAUACAUAUCAGRCAUAAUACGGUAGAUAAUGUUGGCUGCCGACAAACUACAGCUGCAGAGCGCUUUGAAGCAACAAGCGACCGCUCUGAAAGAAAAAGAAUUYAAUUUACACCAUUCCAAUAUGAGUGAGUGAUAGAGCGCGAUACCUCAACUGCAGACUUUGCAUUGUCCUACGAUACCGAAUUGRUUGUCCCGACAUCAGUCUCACCUCAACUCUUUGAACAAUGCCUUUCCCAAAUCGUUCAAUAUUCAUUUGUUUUGUAGCAACUGUGGGGACCAUUGCGGCUGUCUUGGCAGGACUUGACAUUACGAUGUUCAUUGAAUUCAAUCCUCCCCCGACUUCCACGUGGGUACGUAUCAUGCUUUUCUAAACUGGAUUCUAUUCUCUACAAAAUUACCCUUGACGAAACUAAUUUCUCUUUUCUUCAAACCAUCCGAUGCAUCAACAAAUGAAUAAAUUCACGUCGGUGGAUAUUGGAAUUGGAUUCGCAUUUGCAUUAUCUCAAUUUCAAUUCCGGUGGUUUGCAACGCUGAAACGAUCUUUGUUCACGCUUGCUCGACUACUUUACGACGUAAACUAUACCACCGGUACGUAUUGAAUAUGAUUUCUUUCUUUGCAAUUACGUCAAUGGAAAGGGAGAAGACAUGAUCCUAGUGGUUAGGUUCUUGAAAUUUAUGUAUUAUAUUACUAUCGUAGGCGCGUUCUGCUCCAAUAUGAUUGUUGUCAGCCAAACGACGACRCUAUCGGUACUCGGAGCUGGCAUGGCCCUGCGCGGACCGGAUGGGUCCAUGAUGACGGCUACCGACGGGCUUUAUGAGGAAAGAUCCUCGGUGUUCAGGGUGUUUGCAAUUGGGUUAGCCUCAACGGUUGGGAGCGUCACAAUUUGUGUCUGGUUGAUCCUGCACUGGGAGGCCGCUCUUCUGUGCAUGGCGAUUGUACUCUAUACCUGCAAGACUAUAUGGGUAAAUUACAAAAGAGUCGCGCGCCGAUUUGCCUUUGACGAAAACGAAACGGUUGAUUUCACCGAYAUCAUGGAAGGUCCGGCCAAUAUUCAGGCAAUAUCAGCAAGGACGAGACGUCCGCACAGAAAAAAUACCAGCCAACAAUUUUCCUCCUUGCAAAUAUGGAACGGUGUCGACGACGACGAUAACAAUGCUCGAAGAUGGGAUAGCGAUUUGCAACAUGCGUCGCUAUCUGAAGAAGUAUUUAAAUCUACGAAUGAUUUUGCGAAUAUGAAAAAAAGAAGGGGGGGGAGCCCCAGCGCGGAGCUACUAUUAUCACCGAUACAAACAAUAUARGCAAAUUUUCUUCGUGCAUCUAUUUUGCAGGUUGACUCAAGGAGGAGAAUAAUAGAAGAAUGUUUGAAUCAAAUCAAUCAUCGACAAACUGAACACGACCAUUCGCUUCGUGGAUAGCUUCUACAUCAAUUGUUUGUCAUUUCAAAAUCUAUUAAGAAAGCCARGAGUUGUUCAAGCCGACCACCAUUGCCACCACCAUUCUCUUACCUCUUCUUCUUCUUUUCAACAACAACAACAAGAAGAGCCCGGUGUUCCCCACCACCAGUCCCUCCUACUACUAGUGCAAGUACUAGUACUAAUACUUACCAGCAGAACAGGGCAUGGGGAGUUUCCCACCGUACCAUGAUGAUUGGUUCUGGUUGUAGGGUACUGAAUGACAAGGAUGAUGGAUGAGCAGCAUACAGCAUCGGUUACUAGUAGUUUUGUACUACUAACAACUACUAGUAGUAGUACUAGCUACCAGCAGUACUGGUUCCACUACGUACACCGUUCGUGGAGAUUGACUGACUCGACUCAGAAACCAUGGAUUACGAUUGGCAUGAGUCCCGUGCGUGUUGUAGUACUGAUACCUUAAAAAAGAAAACACCUCAUUGAGACAACACUCCUCACGGCGGAUCCAAUUCUGUCUUCGACWGCUUUGGAGAAGUUGCGACACAGAAGUAACGUUUUCUAA